AUGGAGCUUGGACUGGAGCUCAGCCAAGUACAGUUUCGAAGACCCGGCCGCUACUGCAUGGCCAUCGAGGCCGUUCUGUCUGCACAGCGCUUGGUUUACGUCUCAGAGGUGGCAGACAUCGCAGCAUUACCGAGCUGGAGCAUCAAGCAAUGGAAGCUGCCGCUGCAGAAGGGGCAGAUUGCGAAUCUUUCCUUCCGCUUCUUCUCAUUGAUCGACGCUGAGACAGACCGCCGGAUGAUCUUAGACACAGGCACUCCGAUAUCUUCCUGCUCCUUUGCCGUCUCGGAUGCUACUAUCAAAGAGGUCCUUCGCUGUCCCCAGCUCCGCUCCUUCCCGCUCUACGCCGCGGCUGUCGGUUCAGCCGGAUGGGAAGAGAUCGGCAUGAUCACCAUCGUGCUGGGCAUCCCAUCUCCAGAACAUGUUGCUUUGGUCCUCCCCGAGCAGCUGCCGGCGCCCACCAGGCGCCGGUCUCACGAUCGCCGGAUGCCUCCCUCGAGCGCGCCGCAGCUCGGGCAGAUGCGACAGGAGCAACAACGCGACCUGCACGUCCUGACGGGUCAGCUUGCAUCGAUGCAGAGGUGCCUCGAUGCUCUCGUGAUGCAUGCAGAGAAGCUGACGGCCGAGAAGGACGACUGCUUGGCCCAGUCCGAUGCGUUGCAGGAGCGCUUGCGGAACAUUUGUGAGCCGAACUUGACGGACCUGGAUGUUGAAGUCCAGAUCUCUAUUCCUGGCGGUUAUCGCCGCUUCUGCCUGCAGCUUCUGUCGGCCGAGCAGCGCUGGCGCGCGGCGCGUGACUCGGCCGACAACACGGCACGAGAAUCGAAGAUCAAUACAAUAGUUCGACUCCUCGCUGCACGAGUUGCUGCCAAGAAAGUCGGGCGAGCCGAAGCGCGCUUUCUUCAAAGUGGCCAUAGCCACGAGGACGUGGAUGGCUUGUUCGGACACGUGGCCGCAAUGCUGGAGGAAAACAACGAGCUCCACCUGCCAUGUGACUUCCGCCACAAGCUGCAGGCAUUCCUUGACCAGCCUCAGGUUCGGUUAUCAGCCGUAGUUAGCUCCGUAAUGGACAUCGUGCCGUUCUCAACGGCCGCGGGCAACAACGGUGACGGUGGUAUUGGUGGUAGACAGGAGCAGGAAGCGAACCAGUACUUCUUGCAUUUGUUGCAGGAGAAUACUCAGGUGAACUUGUUCCUGAAUGACCCCCGCAUUCAAAGUGCCUUGGAGCUUCGCGCGGAACAACGACAUCGAUUUGCAUUGGACAACGUGUACGCCGAAGCCAACGCAUACAUUGCACACCUAGAGGCAACAGCGGAUGCGAAUCAUCGUCAACAGCUAGCAUUUGUUAGCCAAUCCACGCACCUGUUGGUGGGACAGCUACACAAUGAAGUACGAGUGCUAGAGACAAUCGCCCGAUCAGAACGACAAUCAGCCAAUGAGCUGCAGGCACAGCUGGCACGCGCACAAAGGGAAAGUCAUGAUGAAAGGUCUAUGGCCAUGCAGUUUGAUGCACAUCGAUCCGAGCUGGAAGCAGCAGCGCGCACGCUCACUGCGGAAAACAGACAGCAUGAACGCCGUUUCGCGGAAUUGCGCUCGAGCAUCGAAGAAAACCACAGUGAGAUGAUCGCCUUUUUAGGGUCUGAGUUUGAGGAAAAGCUUCAAUGGGAAGAAAACGAGUACUACCAUAGGCUAACCUCUGAGGCACAGCAGUACGAUAGCUUGGUUGAUGACCUGCAGGACAGGAACGCGGAGCUUAUAGCUGAGGUCGACUCACUCAGGACUGUCUUGUCGACAGCGGAGAGUAGCCCACCGCAAGGUGGUGCCGUGCCGGUGAAAGUCGAUCCCAGUGAGAGCUCCAAACUUCAACCAAGCCCACCGCAAGGUGGUGCCGCAGCGACAAGCCCUGCUACGCUUUCCAGCGUGGGAAGUGCCCACGAGGUGAUAAGUGGAGGUAAAGGCGGUAAAGGUGGGGAAAAGAAGGAUACCUCCAAGAUUCCUUGCAUCUUUUACCCCAAAGGCACCUGCAAGAACGGUAAGAAUUGCCCAUUCAUGCACAAGGAUGCCGCUCCCUCUGUCCCGGCCAAAGGCGAUAAGGCUGGCAAGGACGGGAAGAGAUCGCCCUCCGGCAAGCGCAGGCGACCCAGUAAGAAAAGGCCAAAGAGUGAGGACAAGCCAGCCGCUUGCUGUCUUUCCCUCACAGCCACCCUCACGGGUGAGCCACCGGCCGAUGCUGUGAAGGCCUACGCAGUAGCAGCCCGCAAGGGCCCUGCCGGAAAGCCCCGAAGCAGGAAAGUCCAGUUCCUAAGGCCAGAAAUCAUUGACAUCCCGCCUGAGGGUGAAGGCUGGAGCUUCGUACCAGACAAGCACAAGUUCGAAUUCAGGUACAAGUCUGCGGAGCUAUGCCCACCAUCAAUUCCAGAGGACACCGAAGAAGCUUUGCAGAAUGCCCGUCACUUGGAAUCAGCAGUGAACGGGAUGAAGCUUAAGGUUCGGGUCAAGUGUGAGAACCUCGAAAUCAUCGCAGACACCGGUAGCGAGGAAGAUCUGAUUAGACCAUUGAUGGCAUGCUUAGCAGCAAAGUCCUCAGAAUCUGAUGGCAGCAAGGUUGCACCGACCUCUGUCAAGUCUGGUCCAGCUGGCGCGGCAGAAGAUCCCAUCGAAAAGAUGGCGAAUUGCAUUCCCCCCAUUCCUGGGGUGGAAACGAGGUAUAGAAUCCAGACUACUUGGGGAUUCAAGGACGACGUGUGGUCUUUGUUGGAGGAUUCAGUCAACAUUGACGAAUUGGACGGAAUCUAUGGGGAAGCGCAAGCCGACAGCGAUGUCGAGCCAUACACAAUGCCAAAGUCUAAGAAGGAUGAACAACUUAGCGAAGACCUGGAUGAAAUGUUCCCAGAGCUAUUUGGUCCUGAUCGUGAUAAAGAUCCUCCGCCGAAGGACGCGAAAGAAGCCACCCGCAAGGGUGAGUCAAAGUCUGAUUCCCGUGCAGCAUUGCUUGAUGAUGUUCCGUUCUCUGUGAAGCAGAAGCUGAAGUCCAGCGCAGCAGUAGCAGCGCAAGAACCACCGUAUGGUUAUACGUGGAGUGGGGAAUGUUUGGUCAAGAAGAACAACAAGAACCGCCCUAACGCUAUUGAUCAUACUGCAUGGAAGGCUAUGUCGAAAAGACAAAGAGCAACAGCAAUUGCAGAACAUGAGAAGAAGCUACAUGAGGAGAAUGAGGCACUGUAUCGUGAAGCUGUAAAGGCGGAUUGGUGGGACGGCGAAACCUACUUCGACCUCGCAGGCCGGGAACAGUCUGAUUUCGAGCUGGCAGUUGCAGCUGCCCGCAAGGGCAAGCCGGUCGAGGUUGACAACAAGGUUUCGGUAGCAGCAGCUCCGGAAGCAUCAAAGGUUGUCGAGGACUUCGCUCAACAAUCGUUCGAGGCUAACGAUUACAGCUUCAAGACCUUCGAAAAGCUAGCUGGGCUUAUUCGUACCAAUCUCAAGGCAUCAUUGGCAAAACCGCGAGCAUUGAUGGCUUCUGAGAACCUAUCCAAAUACUUGGUGUUCGGCGCUUGGGUCCAUGGUGGGUGCUUUGGUAUUACCAACCGCACGAAACAUUAUCCAUGGAUUUGCAGGUAUGUGAAUGGAUUUGUUAAGCAAUCAUCUCCGAAAGGGUUUACAUGGACUUCGUUCGUGUUCAACUUCAAUGGCAAGGCCCGCAUCCACACGGAUAAGUACAAUCAGAAAGAAUCGUACAACCUGACGUUCUCCUUCGGUAACUAUACAGGGGGGACACUGUGGAUUGAGGGCGCGAGCCAGUUGGGACCACCGGGAAUAUACACAGAUGAUCAUGGCAAAGACCACAAAGGCUACAAUUGCAACACAUACCGCAAGCCCACUCUGUUGCAUCCAUCGACAAAACAUGGUGUACAACCCUACACUGGCGAACGACAUUCUUUCAUCGCCUACUCUUCAGGGGGGUACCAGAAGUUCAACAAGAAGCAAAAACAAUUCCUACAUCAAGCGCAGUUCCUCUUGCCUACGGCUCAGUUGAAGCUCCCAGCUCAGAAUGCAAUGGUUUGUUUGAGGUGUGUUGGUUCCCCUCUCGAUGAGGGGGGUAGGCUUAACAAACCGUGUUCUCGUUUCGAAAAUGAUUCGUUUGCACACACAUCGCUCGAGUGCACAAACACACAACAAACUGCAAGCCUUGACCAUGAAAUCUUGGCUUUCUUUAUGUGCACGCCUGCCAUUGCAAUUUCAGCUGGUUCUGAUCUUCUCGACUUGCCCGAAGCGACUUCUACGAUCCCCAAGAUGGCAGCCAUCGUUGUGAGCGACGAGUUCUGCAGGGUCAACACCUCCGAAGCAGACAGGAAUGGGGUUACCAAGGCCAUGAAAACCAUUCUCCAAUCCGCCGCCCUCAACAACGAUAUCAUUUCGCUCGGCGCCGAUCAUGAGAGCCAGCUCUUGGAGUCGGCGUACAGCUGCGUAUCCACACAGUGCGCGGCUGGGGUAUCCUUGACCCAUGCCGACGCAACCACUGUGGCUCUGCGCCAGAUGGCUGACCUCAGUGACGAGGGACUCGCCAAGUUGAAGCCAACCGCAAGGUUGAGCCCCAAGACCAAGCGAGCCAUCAUAGUCGUGUCAGACAGCUCCACUGCACUUUGCAAGAAGAACAGGCGGGGAGUGUUCGUUAAGGCCGACUUGGAUGCGGAAGUGAACAUCGCAAGCUUUACGCUGGGAUGGGCGCAGACUCGCUAUACCAUGUGUUGGGGUAAAACCUUGGCGUGGAUUGUCUGGCAGGUCGAGGAGCAUGUGAAGGAGCUCAGGAGCAACUAUCCGGACCACACCAUCGACAUAAUCUGCUGGUGGUGCGGGAACGAGAUCUCCGGCCAGUGGGGCUGCAUCCCCACGCGGCUAGGACCGGGACUCGCCUACAGAGAUCCCAAUGUCACAACGGAGACCGUCGCACGGAAAGUGAGAAGGGCAGCGGAUGUUUUAGCCGCCCUCGCGGGCGAGCCGGACAUUGGUUUUGUGAAGGUGAUUGGGCAGGUGGAGGCGGACUUGUUCCAACUCCACUCAGCCUACAACGACUUCAAUGCCGCUAUGUUCGAAGAGUUCAGGCAGCGCGGUCUGCAAGUGCAAACCGCAAGCUCCUUGGUCGAAAAGCUGGAAAUGUAUGACAGCUUUCACGCCAGCGAAGACCCUCGCAACCGCGAGUUAUUCCAGACCUACUUGCAUGCGACUAUCAAUGCAAGCAGGAGCGAAUGGCUGGCCCAGAAGAUGGCACCCUGUGUCAGGGCUUUGCUUGUUCGCUAUGAGCACUUUGAGACUGGCUCCGAUGCCAACAAUCCAGUGCUCGAGGAUGUCUUCAAGCAGUGGCGUGCAGAGAAGGACCAGCUGAUGAACCCGAAACAGGCCAAGCCAAUGCCGGUCACCCAGGAGGACAAGAUGUGGGAAGCCCCAGAUGCCGCUGACGCAAUCGACGUCAAUAAGAUCUCCGAGGGGCCACCCAUGGAUAAAGCCAUCCGCAAGGAUGUGCCAAGGAUCGGUGCAACCACGGACGUUAGUGCUGUGGCGGAAUGCGUCCAUGAUAUCGUCACACAGGACGCAGACGGCAAGGUGUCCUACAACACCCCGGGCACGGUGGAACUGGUGGACGAGGGCGACCAGGUCGACCCUAUCCCCUCAUCGAUUGGACGUGUUGUUGAGCCAGCGCCUCCGAAGAAGACUAAGAAGUCGGAUCGAGACGAGGAUGCCAUGCGUAGGCUCAUGUUCAUCGACGAAAGCGCCCCGCAAGGGGCUGCCACUGUGCCAGAGCUUCCAAAUGAGUACUUCUACAAUGGCAAGAAGCACUUGAUGAAGCCCUUCAACCCGGAGGACAUUGUAGGAGACAGGCACGUGACAUUCAAACACGGAGACCUGAAGUUCCUCACCAAGCUGCUGCGUGGCCAUGAAAUGGACAGCUUCCCUGCAUUGAUCUUUGACCGUGGGUGCUGGACAGACGUUGACACUCUGCUCCAGGUCUUCAACACGGCACGAGGCGCACGCUGGGGUGUGAGGCAGCUGCUACGCGCAGCGAAAGCCGAUAAUAAGGGACGGAUCAGACUUUUGGGCAUUGACGUCCCAAUGAAGGACACCCUGGGUCAACCGCUAUUCCCUGUCAGAGUGAGGAUGGCCCAAGGGCAUAACUCCAAGCUCAUCGGCAAUAACCCGGACGCGGACUUCUUCCUUGCGACCAGGUUCUACAGCGGAUUGUCCGAGUACGAGGCAGACCUGCAGAGCAGCGUCAGGGGGGUCACUGUGCUCUCCCGCGAGGAUACCCCCCCAAAGCUCUUCCACCGCACGAAUGAAAAGGGAAUGAAGGGUAUCCUCCGCGAUGGAAUGAUCGCCGGCUCCGCGAGGUCAGACAGGUCCCACAACUACCUGUCCCCGUACAAGUUGGACGACACUCACUACAAGAGUGGAAUGCGCUCCAACCAGCCGAUCGAGUUGACGAUAGACACGCAGCGAGCAAUCGCCGCUGGAUGCGUUUUCUUCGUCACGGAGACCGACGGCGUCCUCACACGGGACAAUGUGCCUCCCGAUUGCGUGCUGUCCGCCAUCGACACCAGCAAAAAGAACCUCCCGCUCUACGUCGCCGAGCACAAAGAAGCCGCCCGCGAGGGUGAGCCAGAGCGCAUUUUCCGCGCAAAGCGCGACUAUGAGGAGGCCGCAGCAGCAAGCUCAUCAUCGGCACCGCCCCCAAAACAGGCGGCUAUCGCUCCCAAAGCGAUUGCUUCAAAGAAGAUGCCGAAGGUGGUUCCCAAGCCCGCCGCAAUCGCCGAAAAGGACGAAAGCAUGGACUUGGAUGAAGCCACCCGCGAGGGUGAGCCUGCUGAUGCUGCUGGUGCAUUCGACCUUGACGAAACCAAGGUUGAGGUUGAGGUCGAAGUCGAUGAAGGCGAUACAACGGAUGCGGGUGAGGAUGAGCCGUACCCACUUGGCUCUCACCCAUGCCGCGAGUGCGCAGCAGUCGUUGCCAAUGGCAUGCUGUUCUGCCUCCGUUGCAAGGCUCCCCAGACGGAUGACUCCAAGAAAAUCACAAAGCGAGUCUUUGAGAAUUCGAGACUCCGCCAGCGCCUUCUUGCCACCGCUGCGACCGGAGCCCAGAAGCCCAUCGAUGAUCUCCUCGCGAGUGACCUUCGAGGCCUGGGCGAGGGACCAAAGAAGCGUGGUCAGAUGAGCGCGGAGGCCGCCGCCAUUCGUGACGCCAAAGACCGAAAGAUCAGGGCCGCCAAGUUGAACUUUGACACCGUGUCCGACCGCUUCGAGAAGGACGCGCAGUUCAACGUGAGAAUGAUGCAAGAGGGCCGCAGCCUUGAGGACAUGCAGAAAUUCGAUCACCUGUCGAACGCUGUGCUUCCCGAUCCAGGACGCAGUGAGGAGCAGCGCUACUUGCGUGCUGGCUCCCAUUAUGGUGGUGGCAAUGUCCCGCCUGCGAAGCUGGUCUAUUAUGCCCACUGCGAAGUGGAGCCGUUGAGGAACUUGCGGUUUAUCGAUGAUACCGCGGAUGUCCCCAUCGGCUUGACCUACCUCGGUGCAUUCCUCCCUCCGCGACUCUAUGCUGAGGUGGCAGCAGUGAACGAUGCUGCGAAAAGGAUCCUGACUUUCGACGGCGAAGUCUAUGUGUCGGCUACCACAAUUGAAGGCAUCACAACUGAGAUCGGACAGAUUCUUACCGAUAGCCUCCGUAGUGCUCAGGACCAGACAGACCAAACGGAACGUCUGGCAGAGCGCAAUCGCCAGGCUGCAGUCCAGAACCGCCCAUCCCAAAAGGGACGUGGUCGCACGACAGCACCUGAGCCCAUGUACAGAGGCUAUACUCAGGCCCAGUGGGACGAGUACUAUCGCCAGCGUCGUGGAGGUUACACUCAGGCCGAGUGGGAUGCAUGGAACCGCACCCAUAGGCGCUGA